CACAUCGCCCCUCGGCACAUGGUCCUUUGUACAUUCACUUCGAGGAAUUAUCUGGAAAACAUGACUGACCUGUGUCAUUUAAUUCUGUCCUGAACACGUCGAUCAUCAUUAUUUUUCUGAAUCCUCUUGAUCGAUAUGAGAUCAGAGUGGGGAGACCAGUGACUCAGUCUUUGUCAUACUGAAGGAGAGAGGAGACCAGCAGUAGCAGUCAGUCUCAGUUCUGAGACUUCUGAACAGUCAGCAGUUGUAUUUCGUUGUGAGAUAGUCACGUUGAAUGAACUCAAACUAGCGAUGGGUCAUAAUCCGCAGACGGAGCAAGAGGGAAAUCGUCCGAAGUGGCUGCUGGAGCUGGAGAAUCGCAAACGUAAACCGCGUUUGGCACACGAAGUAGGCGCCGGUGCUCCAUGUAUAAAAUGCACAACUUCUUGUCCCGGAUUGGAUCUCCACUUCUGGCGAAAGAUUUGUAAAAAUUGCAAAUGCAGUAGAGACGAUCAUGAUGUGCCAGACGAAGAUUUUCCUCAAUUCGAUUUACUCUUCGGACCAAGUGGAGUACCAAAAAAGAAAUCGAUAAUUCUCAAGAGACAAUCAGACGAGGAAAUGUACGAAUGGGCACCACCAGACGCAUCGAAAGAACUAGCCAUCGAUUACAUGAAGGCCUUGCCCGAGGAUAAAUUACCAAUAAAGGGAACAGCGGGUGCUGCAUUGAGAAAGCAACAACUCCAGAAACAAUUGCCUCUUCAUGACAUUGAUCACAAAGUGUGCGACGAGCUGACAGAUUCCGAGAGAAAGCAGUUCGAAAAGUACUUGGAGAAUUUGAAAAAAUACGUGGGACAAGGGAGAGUAUCAAAGUUCGUAACAGCUCGUCCGUUUGAUCGUGCCCUGAUGACACCAGCCAAUGCAUCUGAAUGCUUCAGUCCCAAACACAAACCUACAGCGUUCCAGGGGAAUUCCCCGAACCUGCGGACUCCAAGUAGUUUUGUAACAAAAAAAUACGAUCAAGGAUCGCAUUUGCCUCGAGACCGGAGUCCAAUAAUUAGGGAUCCAGCUCUGGUGCCGAGUAAACGUGAAUUCCUCACGAAUCCUGUCGUCGAGCAGAUCUCCAGCGAACCAUCAAGACUGGGAAGGUACCAUCACAUUUUGGGAGAUGUCAAAGCUGAUCAUCAGUUGGCUCAGUCCACAAAUGUCACCAGAACUCCUCAUCCUGCUGUGAAUUUCUCGACUGUCAGUAGAAUUCCACAGGAUGAAAAUGUUCCUUUGGCUUAUCCUGAAUCUCACGAUGUCUUUGGGUCCUUUCCUGGACCUCCUGAAAUGUCCAACACCGGUCAUAUACCUGACGAUGGUCAAGGAUUACAUUCAUCACGAGACAGGAGUCCUUCAUCUGUACCCAGUGCUCCAGCAGCUGCAUCAAGUAAACGCGAGUUCCUCCCGAAUCCUGCGUUUGACCAGAUCUCCAGCGAAGCUUCAAGACUGGGCAGAUACCAUCACAACACCAUUUUGGGAGAUGGUAAAAUAAAUCAACAAGUGGUACAAUCCACGUCUGUUCCUGGGGUUGAAAAUCCUGCGAUAAACUUUCCAACUCUCAAUGGUCUUCCACAAGGACGAAAUUAUUCUCCAGCUCCUCCCGAAACUGAGAUUGGUGGUGUCUGCACAGGUACAGCUGGACAUUCAGAUGCUCUGAAUGGCCCCAUAAAUCCGGCAUUACACUUCGCUCAAUCGAAUUUGUACAGUGAAACUCCCGGAAUCACCAACAGUCUUCCUUGCUACCCACAAUAUCAGAGAACUGGAGGUGUAAAAAUUGAUUACGCUGUGAGUGAUAAUAAACCUCUGAGGUCUCAUCAGUGGGCGAAAAAAUUGGAUAAAUUCACUGGACAGCCAUCAUCGGAGGAGGAUAAUUCAGCGUUGGCGGAUCAGAUGCUGUCAGAAGCACUUUUACCUCCUAGUUCAAUUCACUCUAACGAUAUAAUUGCAAGUACUUUGGACGAAAAAGGACUUUCUUAUAUUAGAGAAAAAUUGUCUUCGAAAUAUGGAGAGAAAGACGACUCUGCUGACGUCCAACAUCAAAAUCCCAGGAAAGGUUUGGACGGUGGAGUUCCCCUGAGAGAUCCUAGAUCUACUGAGAACAAUACAAAGCCUAUUGCAUCACAAUUGCUUCCAUAUGGAAGUGUCAAUUCGAGUAUUGCUCAUUCGAUGAGCCAGAAUAAUCCAGUAUUUCCUGAGGGAACUGUUGGAACUAUCCGAACAAUGGAAAAUCCUCUGGUUAAUUACUUGGGUUCGGAAUUGGAGAAUAUGAAAAUUUAUCCAGCCAAACAAAAGUGCCAUCAAUGUAAAGAAGAUAUUGUUCUUGGUGAUGUCAUUGUAACUGCUGAGCAGGCGAAGGAUGCAGCUUGGCAUCCGGGAUGUUUUGUUUGCUCAGUUUGUGACGAACUUCUUGUGGAUCUUGUUUACUUUUAUCACAAAGGGAAAUUGUACUGUGGUAGAGAUUUCGCCGGACUUCUGGAGAUACCCAGGUGCUUUGCCUGUGAUGAGUUGAUAUUCGUGAGGGAAUAUACGAUAGCAGAGGGUCACAACUACCACGUGAAACAUUUCUGCUGUUGGGAUUGUGAUGAGCCCCUCGCUGGUAAACAAUACAUCUCCGAGAGUGAUCGACCACUGUGUCUUCCAUGUUACCAAAAGACUUACGCGAAAACUUGUUCUGCAUGUCAGAAAGUAAUCGCUGCUCAUCAACAGGGCGUUGCUGUGAAAAAUUUGGAUUUCCACGCCUCCGAGGAGUGCUUUUGCUGUGCAAAUUGCAAAAAAAGUCUUCUAAAUGGUAGAAUGGCUAUCAAAGAGAACAAACCAUUCUGCAGUAAAGAAUGCAUCACAACAUUUCUAAGUAAAUUUUGAAAAAAAAAAUAUAUGAAGACUGUAUUUCAAGAAUUUUGUAUUGAUACAUGAUUAUUAAAUAUAAUUAUAGAAUAAAGUACUUUUAUCACCAACGUUGAAAACAA